AUGAACUUGAACCACCUACCUGCGGUUCAUAGCUCGCAAUCUGUUGAUAGGCUUCUAUCAGUUGACAUGGCCACCACAUCUUUAGCCAAACCACCGCCUGAUAAGACAAAGAGUUUUGAGAGCAUUGUAGAAAGUCGCCUAAAGAGUCCAAGCAUAGUGUUCGCUAGUAAUGAGACUGGAGAACCAGGUUUAAUGGAUUUGCCUACAAUCAAUCAAGCUACUGAGAAAGCUGCAAUAACCUCAAACCGCCUGGCAAAGCAUUUGCCUAUGCCGCCUCCCACACCACCUGCAUUUGCUUUGUCUCAAGCAGACAAAGCGUCUCAAAGUAUCAUGGAGAGCAUUAUACCUUCAGUCAACCGCCUACCGAAAUCCAGUACUCCCGCGCAGAUCAGCAGCAUCCCCGAGACCCCUAUUAGUGCUUGUUCCUCCAUACAGCAAUUUCUGGGUAAUGCCGCAGAGCGAGGGAUUGAUGCAAGCGGCGAUUGGUCUUAUUGGGUCGAUCCCGAACCUUGCCAAUCUACGAUCAAGCCUCUACAGGGGACGGAGGAUUCGUGCAUCCCCUCAUAUCCGAACCAGACUAGCUAUGAGCAUAGCUUCCCCCAUGAUAACAUGGGUGAUAUUGGCAGCGAGAACAACAAUGAUGGCCCCAAUGAUGGCGACGACAGUAGCCUUGCACAUAAUGAUGUGGAGGUCUGCGAGACAAGUAGCAGCGAGAAGGAAGCUGCAGAUUACGACAGUGAGCAGCCAGUACACAAACGCCGCAGGACCAGGCAGUCUCUGGCUACCAAUACACCACCAUGUACUGAUAAUAAUAUAACUCACGGCGAGACAAGCGGCAGCAAGGAGAAUGCUGCAGAUUACGACAGUGUUCAACUACCACGCAAACGCAUCAGAUAUGCUGAACCUGGCAUCAUCAUUAUCGCAAGAUCCAUCAAAGAAUAG